UGAAUCAUGUUCGGUAUGGACUGUUGUCGUGGCGAGAUGACCGGCAGACCAAGUGAUGAGGAUCAUUUUCAGGGUGCCGGUCGUGGCAUUAUGCUGAUGUAUCCGGACGAUACCGUGGUCCCGUCAUCCUCGUCCUCAUCGCCGUCGAAUCCGUUCCCCGGGGUCGUAUGCCCCCAAUCAGAUUUACAAAGCGUAUCGUGACAUGUGUCGUGACUGUCGGUCAGACUGGAAUCGUGGAGGCUGCCUGGGGAGAUGGAAGAGUCCAGGCGAG